CCAGCUCUCGGUGGUGUCGCCAUGUUGGUGAGUUUCGGUGCAAUGCCUGCGCCACGUGGGUUCUGGUGAUUGUAUGACAGCUGAUUGCAAGCGCUUAACAGGGGAGCAGGCCCCGCGCUGUGUGGUUUCCAUGGGGAGGGGUUUCUAGGCCUAGUGUCUCUAGCAGGGCUUGUGCCUGGCAGCUGCUGUGAGUGCGAGGGAGCGCCGUAGUCUGGAAAUCAGGAGAUUAAUUCUGGGGGGAAGAGGCCAAGUGCUGGGGCACCAGAAAUACCUUUACAAGCAAGACUGUCCUGGGAAGGAGGGGGCUGAGUCCCCUCUGCCAGCCACUGAAAUGGGAGAAAUGGCCGCAGGCUAGCGGGGAGCCAGUUUCAGUUAGACCCCCCUUCCCCUUUACGCUGGGCACUGGGGCGCUGCUGGGGGUGCCCAGGGAUGUGCUGAGCAGGGUGUGGGGGCCUUUCCUAGCCCGCCUGCCUAAGCUGGGCACCUUGCAGCUCUCGGCAUCACCGUAAUGGGCUGCUAGUGGGGGCGAGUCUCACGCCCACCAGAGUGUGGCCUGCUGCCCCAGCAUGUCCCCUGCAGCUCCCUCCCCAGUCCCCACAGUGCUGGGCCCCCUGUGCUGUUGGAGCCAGGGAAGAGGUGUUUUUCAGGAGUCAUGGAAGAGAACAAGCCAUGGGUUGGAAGGUGAGGUGAUGGGCAGCCUCCGCAGCUCCUGCAGGGCCCGGAUCUCUGCCAGGGCGAGGGCCAAUGUCCCAAGCUAACGGCCCAGGGAGCCCCGCAGGGUCGUACCCACCUGUGGACUGGAGGGGCAGGGGUGCAGCACACCUGUGUGCAUGGCUGGGCGAAGUGACGCUGUGGCCAAGAGCACCAGAGACACUCUGCCCUUGGCGUCGGAUCCCCCACCUGUUGGUGCCUCACCGCAGGGGACUGUAAGUCCACAGCCAGCUACACGUCCUCACGGGAACACAAUCCUCCUAGAAUCCACUCCUAGGCCAGCAGGGGCUCGGCCAACCCUGGGAUCCUCCUCAGCAAAGGGGCCGGUGGGUGCGCUGGUGCUGGCACAUGCUCCUCCAUCCUGCUCAGGCUGCUCCGGCUCACUUCUGGGUUUGGGGGCAGUAUGGCCUAGUGCAGUGAUUGUCAACCCGCGGGCCACGUGCGGCCCAAUCAGCUCUCAGCUGCGCCCAUGUGACACCCUCAAGGCCAUACAGGUAGUGUCUAUAUGGUGUGGAUGGGGCCCACAUAACACAGAGAGCUGCAUAUGCGGCCCACAGUGGUAACUAGGUUGGGCACAGUGGUCUAGUGGUUAGAGCACGGCUCUGGGCACCAGGAAGGGCAGAGUUCUAGUCCCGGUCGCUGCUCGGCCCCUGCUCCGUAUCCUGCCAGCACCGCUGCUGUGGCAGCCUCAGCCAGCACCUGCCAGCGCUCCCAAGCCAGCAGCCGUUCCCCCGCAGGGCUCUCAGACCCAGUGCCCCAGGAGCGGGCAGCCCAGACCCAUCCCGGAUUGCUGUGCCCAGCCGGGUGCAGACUGUCCGCCCCGUGACUUGUGCUGGCGCUGACUCAUGGGUGUGGUCGCAGGCUCAGGGUGACGGGGCAGCACGUGAGGAUCAGUAAAGGAGCCCGGGCUCUGCACUGCGGAAGGAAUGAGCCAGCCAUGCCAAGUGCUCACGCGCACUCCCUGAGGGGCAGGGCGCUGGGGGAGCCGGGCAGACCCCACUGGGCCCCGAGGGCUGCCUUGCCCUGGCUGGCGAGCGACCUCAUCUGUACCUUCAGGGCCAGAUUGGCGCCCGCGGCCCAGCUGGAAUGGGGUGGUUGUCUCUCACUGCUGACCCUGCUUUGUGGGUGGAGGAGGGGCCAGAUACCACGGUGAUGGGCGCAGUAGCAGCACGCGCAGGAUCUGUCUCCAGUCAGCGUUGGUGCGACGCCCCUAUGUGUGCGAAUGAGGUGGUCGUCAGGCUGGACCGUGGCUGCGUUCAGCGUAUCUGGCGGGAAUCACCGGGACAGCUGCUGGCAGGCACCCUGGGUGUGGGGAAGCCACGGGGAAUCCGUCCCACCCUCAGCUACCCAGAGCAGGGCUCCCCGUCUGUCUGGAGGGCCGUGCCCUAGAGUGCUGCCUGGCUCGGGGCUUCCUGGUGCCCUUCUGUCCACGGGCAGCCAGGCUGCUCGGUUGGUGUGGGUGGCUCACAGCAGCCGGGCUGGGCAGGGUGGGAGCAGCUAGGCCAGGCUGGGGCUCGGGCUGACUGAAGGUUUCCCUCUUGCUCUUCUUUUCAGGUAUCUGCUACACGAUAUUUGACCUGGGCUUCCGUUUCGAUGUGGCCUGGUUCUUAACGGAAACCUCCCCCUUCAUGUGGUCCAACCUGGGCAUCGGCCUGGCCAUCUCGCUGUCCGUGGUGGGCGCAGCCUGGGGGAUCUACAUCACUGGCUCCAGCAUCAUCGGCGGGGGAGUGAAGGCCCCCAGGAUUAAAACAAAGAACCUGGUCAGCAUCAUCUUCUGUGAGGCCGUGGCCAUCUACGGGAUCAUCAUGGCGAUCGUGAUCAGCAACAUGGCUGAGCCUUUCAGCGGCACCACCCCAGAGACCAUCGGCGCCAAGAACUACCACGCAGGUUUCUCCAUGUUUGGGGCUGGUCUGACCGUGGGCCUCUCCAACCUGUUCUGCGGGGUGUGCGUGGGCAUUGUGGGCAGCGGGGCUGCGCUGGCCGACGCCCAGAACGCCAGCCUCUUCGUCAAGAUCCUGAUCGUGGAGAUCUUCGGCAGCGCCAUCGGGCUCUUCGGGGUCAUAGUCGCCAUCCUGCAGACAUCUAAAGUAAAAAUGGGGGACUGAGCCCCUGCCCGUUCCAGCCUGGCCCCCUGCGGGCGCGACUGUACAUAUUUAUUUAAUGUUUCUAUUUCCUGAUCGGGGGCGUCGCUUCGCCGCGUCAGGAGCGGGAGCCCAGGUGUAUAGAACCGUCCCUGCUGAUCCGCCGCCCGCUGGCCCCAUGGAAGAAAUAAUUAUCUGUGUGUGAAUUCGGCUCCCUCCUGUCGGCCCAGCCAGCCGGGGGGGGGUUGCGGGGUUGCUGCCUGAGUGUUCCCGGUGUGUGUACAAAUCAAUUGACCAGUGUAAGUCAGUGUCACGUGAAAUAAACAUGG